AUGGUACACCACCUCACUGCAGCAGUUUGCCCUGAAGCUGCUGCGCCAUCCACGCCGCCGCGACCUGAUACCCCCCUCCGCGCCGCCAACAAACAGGUGCCCAUCAGAGCCCACACUGACCACUACCACCGGAGCACAAUACCCACCCUAGACUUGCUUGAUCCAGCAAUUCCCCCAAGAUGGACCAAGAUUAAGCAGGCAGGCGAUUCUCUGCUGACCAAGGAGACUCAGAUAGGAAUGUUGAGACCAGUGAGAGCAGCUCUUGAAUUCUGUUUUCUUUGGGACUCUGAAUAUCGGUUUUGGAAAGUUCUGGGAGGAUUCUGGAAAGUUCAGAAGGGUUUUGGAAAGUUCUGGGAGGAUUCUGGAAGUCUCAGAAGGGUUUUGGAAAGUUCUACAAGGAUUCUGGGAAGUUCUGGAAGGUUCAGAAAGGUUUUGGAAAGUUCAGAAAGGUUUCGGAAAGUUCUGGGAGGUUCUGGAAAAUUCAGAAAGGUUUUGGGAGGUUCUGGAAAGUUCAGAAAGGUUUUGGAAAAUUCUGGGAGUUCAGAAAGGUUUUGGAAAGUUCUGGGAGGUUCUGGAAAGUUCAAAAAGGUUUCGGAAGGUUCUGGGAGGUUCUGGAAAGUUCAGAAAGAUUUUGGAAAAGCUCUAGAAUGGUUCUGGAAAGUUCUGGAAGGUUUUAAAAGGUUCUGGGAAAUUCCGGGAGACCAUGAAGUCCGGUACCUGCUCCCCCCAACGCAGCGGACUCGGUACCAGACCAAAGUUUUCCAACAGUCCGUCACCGUCCUCAUUAAACUGCAGCAGAACAACACGGGCGGCGCGUCUGCAGUGGCCGAGCGGGGCGUCUCCGUGGGUCCUUGGAGAGUCCCCGAGGAGCAGCUGCCCGUCCUGGUGGGAACCAUCACCGGGGCUUCCCUGCUGCUGCUCCUCCUGCUGUCCCUGCUGCUGUAUACCUGCUGCCACCACACGCCCAGGCACAAGAAUUACAAAUUUGGAUGCCCCAAGGGAGACACUCAGCCAUCUUGUCAAGAUGAGUUGAUAAGAAACACAUCAGGAAAAAGUGUGAAGAGCGAAGUAUCCAGCAUGACUUCCGGACACACUCAGGGAUCUGGGCCUAGUCUCAGCCGUGACUCACUCGUGGUUGUGACUCACGCUUCGUCGGGCCACCAGGCGUGUCUCCUCUCCGACCGCGACUCGCCCUCCGACUACCUCUUCGACUGCGAGUGCUGCUGCGACCCGCCCUGCCCUGCGAGUUGCCCCUGCGAGUACCCUGACGAGGAGGCCGACGACAGCGAGUACACGGGGCCUGUGUUCGAGGACAGCCGGGACAGCACUGAGGAUCUGCCCAGAAGCCUGUCCAUGCCGCUGAAGGAGCAGGCGCAGAUGCAGAAGGCCGGGGAGGAGCCCUGUGAACCGAACAGCAAUAACAACAGCGUGCGAGCCAAGACCAGCCCGCGCCCCGCCAGUAACCCGGUCGCCUUCAGUCCGUAUGACCUCACGCUGCCCAGACCACCCAAGAGAGCGCUGGACACGGUGUCUCCGCUGGGCCGCACGAGGGAAGCGGAUGCCUCGGCCAUGGACGAGGCCUUCAGGACCCGCUCGCUGCCGGCCUGGGUCAGGAACAAGACGCGGCCGCUCACGACCCUGGACGACCUCAACACGAUCUAUGAGAAGCCGCACUGGAGCAAGCGCCGACGCAACCGCAUGCGGAGCGACGCUGCGGCUGUGAUCGCCCUCAGCAAGUCCCGGGGCCGCCUGCUGUCGCCGAGCCCGCAGGUGACGGCCCAGACGAGCACGAGCGUGGCCGCGCAGCCCGACACGGCGGCGCUGGUGGAGAACGAGGCGGUGAUCGUGUACGACGAGAGGACGGCCCUGUGAGGGCGUCGCCGAAGGGUCUCGGUCGCGCGUACCUGAAGGGCUGUUAGUUCAUGCGAUCUGCAGCGAAGAGUCACUGGAGGAUGUUUGUCCAGCUGAGUGCCACGCGAACCUCCCAGUUGCCAUCUGGAGUAAUUUAGGAUGUAAGGAAAUGUCUCUGAGUGUCAGCCUCGGCCAGAACGCAAGCGACAGUUGCGCGAGACGCGCCUUUGUCCCCGAGGGGCUUCGGAGUCCAAUAGACGUAGCACUAAUUACCUGAGAUGUGGCACCAUCUGUGUGUAUGGCUGUGUGUGAGAGUGAGUGUUGAUCUCUGUGCAUUAUGUCAGACUACAGUGCAAGUUUUCCUGGCGAUGAAUUAGUAGCAGACGCAUUUCGACCCUCCCGCCAGGAAGUCUCGCUCAAACGACUGCACUUUUGGCACUGUGAAUACUUUGAUGUCUCGCUCCAUGUGGCAACUUGUAUUGCAAAAAUCAGCUGUUUUGGUGAGAGCUGAAGACUCGGUUGUCUUUAAGGAUAAAUAUCUUCAACCUGUACACAGAUUGCUGUCAGAUCAGAGUGAAUUAACAACGUGAAUAAUGUACAACACAAAACCUUGAUUUGUCGUGACAUUUGAAUAACGUUAUAUAUCAAGUGUGUUUUCACAUUUUAAUCUUCCUCGGAACCCAAUGUCAAUCCGAGGGAACUUGUAUAAAUAAUGUAAUAUAAGCCUAUUGAACACAGACAACACAGUAACUAGCCGUGUAAAAAAAAUAAUGCCGUUUACAGUAGAUUUUGUACAUCAAAUUUUUACUAAAUAUACAACCCAUACCUCAUCCCCGGGCGUGUGAUGAUGACGAUGACGUGAAGUGAGGACCUGAAUGAUGCUCUCUUCCCCGCUGGACACAAGACUGACAUCAUUUCGCUGUGUGACGUGAGGCAGGACUCAGUCUACGCUUGACUUCAUCUGUGGAGACGCGUGUGAAUACAUCAUCCAGACUCAUGCUAGGAUUAUGCUGUAGGUUAAUAUUUUUUUUCUUCCUCCCAGAGACCAUAUAACCCGAAGCCAUACAGAGUUAUCCACUUUAAAAUGUAUUCCUCUUACGUUUGUUUUUUAUACUAUGAUAAUUAAAUAAUAACCCCAUUUUUAAUCUCAUAUUAAAGCAUAUAUAUAUAUAUAUAUCCGGAUAUUUAUAUAUAUCUUCGACAUUAAACUCCCCCCCCUCCCCCUUCCCUCUCCCCCUUUUUAAUGAACAUAGGACCUCCACCCCCCACCCCCUCCCCUCAUUAUACGCCAAGAGAAAUCCGUCUUAGAGAAGGUUUAGGUAAAUCAUUUAAUAUCUAGACCCACGUAAACAAUCCCGACCCGACCCCAUAAUCAGCCUAGCCAGUAACACACUAAGCUUAAUUACCUAAGUGUUGGUUAAGAGAACUUUUUCUUUUUCUUUUCUUUUUUUUUGUUUUUUGUUUUAAUGGAAGUUUUAAAAAAAAACAAAACAAAAAAUAAAAAACGAAAAUGUUGGAAGAUGAUGUAUCGGAAAAGUAUUUUGUAUUGUGCUUUUCAUGUGUGGAACCGUUAGCGAGUGGAAUUUUUUAGUGCCUUGGAUGAUUGAUGCUUUGUAGCUUGAUGUGAUUUAGACACUUUAUGUCUUUUAAUACCAACUUAUAUGUUGUAAAUUUAAUGUAUUAUAUUGUCAUAGUUUAUGUACAAUAAAG